GCAAAUUUCGACUCGUCAACCCCAGACACCGGCAACGCUCGUCGGGGUCCCACGGAAACAAACAAACAACACCACGCAACACGCCUCGGGCCGCAUCACCGCCGUCCGAUCCUCAUCUCAUCACCACUCGAGGCCCGAGCCUCUCCACGCCGCGUCCGUCUACGCGCACCGUUCCCGUUGCGCGUAGCCGCCGAGCCAAGCCGCAAUCAUGGCUCCCAAGAAGAAGGAACAGCAGAAGAUGUCCCUGGGGGACUUUCUGACUGAUUCAGGAUUCGGAGGAGGCUCCUGGGCCGAUGAGGUUGAAGAAACCUAUGUCACCGGCACCCAGCCGCUCCCUCCUAGCGACCGAUUUCGCCCUGGCGGUGGAAGUGGCUUGUCGUCUUGGCAGGACCGAGGCUAUUCCGUUCGCGAGAGGUCCCCGGCCCGGAUUCCGGACAAGCCUCCCUUCACCGCUCAUCUCGGCAAUCUGUCCUACGAUGCCACGAACGAUACUGUCGGCGAGUUCUUUGAGGGCUGCGAGAUCGUCAGCGUCCGCAUCAUCGAGGAUCGCGAGCUUAUGCGCCCCAAGGGCUUUGGAUAUGUCGAGUUUGCCAACGUCGACGGCCUCAAGAAGGCACUGGAGCUCGACGGAGAAUCAUUCCAGGGACGAAUGAUCAAGAUCAAGGUCGCUGAUCCUCCUCGUGGCGGUGACAGCCGCGGUGGAGACUCUAUGCGCGACCUCAGCGACUGGACUCGCAAGGGCCCCCUUCCCGACCUUCCUGGCCGCAGCGGCGGUGGCGGUCGCCAGAUGUCUGACUUUGGCGAGCGCCGUCCCCGUGACCCCGCCUUCGAGGGCCGUCCCGAGCGCCCGGCCGCCCGCGAGCUGAACUGGGAACGCAGAGGACCGCUCGCCCCCCUGGCGCAGGAAGCUCCGGCACCCGGCGACUCGAGCACCGGCCCUGAAGGCCUCGGCGAGCGCGGCGGCUCGCAUCGCGGCCCCCGUGGCGGUGCGGGCACCUGGGGCGAGGGCCGUCAGGAGGGCUCCCGUCCUCCCCGACGCGAGCUGCCCGAGCAGCGCGAGCGUGUCGUGACGGCUGCCGAGAAGGACAUGCAGUGGCGCGAUCGCAUGCGUCCGGACGCCGCCAAGCCCGAGGGCACCUCCCGCGACGGCAGCGAGGCUCCUCCCUCGCCUGCCCUGUCCAACGCCGCCCCCGUGGCCCCAGCUGGACGGCCCCGUCUGAACCUGCAGAAGAGAACGGUGUCGGAAGCCACGGAUGCUGUCGCCACCCCUUCUGGUGACUCCAAGGCCAGCCCCUUUGGCGCUGCCCGCCCCAUCGACACGGCCACCCGCGAAAAGGAGAUUGAGGAGAAGCGACAGCAGGCGCUGCGGGAGAAGCGCGAGGCCGACGAGAAGGCCAAGGAGGAGCGUCGUUUGGCCAAGCAGGCGGCGGCGGCCAAGGCCGAGGCCGAGCAGGGUGAAGCCGCAGCGGCGGAGGAGGCGCCCAAGGAGGGCGAGGAGAAGACUGCCACGGAGAGCAAGGCGGAGGAGACGGCGGAGCCGGCCGAAAACCAGAACGGAGCGUCGGGCGAGACCAAGGUGCCGAUCCGGACCCGCGAACCCCGCGAGCCCCGUGAGCCCCGUGAGCCCCGUGAGCCCCGCGAGCCCCGCGAGCCCAAGGAGUCUGUGUCCAACGUCAAGUCGAGAGCGGCAGAGGCCGGCAGCUGGCGAUCUGCAUCCAACGAGCAGCGCCGCGGACCGCCCAGCGGACCUCGUGGCGGACGUGGCGGCGGCGCCCCUCGCGGAGGACGCGGAGAGGUGCGCAGCCCGCGGGCCAACGGCUCGGCGGCGGCCUCGCCCGACGCGGAGGCGCCCCCGACGACGGAUGAGGAUGGAUGGACCACAGUACCGAACAAGAAGGGACGACAGGGCCGUCCCGUGGCGUCUUGAGCAUUUAAAAGCAACGGAAAAGAGAUUGUACAUUUAGUCCCCGUUCGUCUUAUUUUCGGUUUACGACUAUAGAUGCCGUCGCAAGAUGCCCGCCGGCCCGCCUCGAAGCAGCAGCAGCAGCAGCAGCAGCGGCUAUCCCGACCACCGUGGUGUCGUCGUGUUGGCUGCCUUUUGACACAGCCGGACAUGGGUGUUUAAAUUUGUUGAAGCAGGCGACAUACACGGCAGGCGACGCCUCCCCUUCCCUCUCCAUUGACACACGACGGCCGAGGACACGGGACAUGAUGCUGUUUGGGCGCGGCGGAGGGCGGCGGACGGGAUGUUGCGCGGUGGGAACCGGCGCGCGGGAUGAUAAUGGGGCUUUAGGUACGGACUCUUUGACUGAUGUGGCGUGGACUCACGAUGGGUUUGUUCUACGUACUUGGAAGUGUCGAUUGAUUUGUUUCAUUGUCUGAUGGGCG